AUGACGGCCGACCGACUCCCUCCGGGGACCCAACGUAUUGAGGAUCGAACAGGAUCCAAGAUCCUGCUCGCGCCCCAGCCAAAUGCCGAUCCAAACCAACCGUUGAAUUGGUCCAAGUUUCGGAAAGCUGUGCACAUGACAAUUCUCGGCUUCUAUGCGCUGAUGGUGUUUGCCAUUCUCUGUGUCUCGGUUCCGCUCUGGCAAGAUUUCAACGAGCAGCUUGGAAUGAGUUACGAUGCCUUGAACAAUGGCUAUGCGACCAACAUGGCCACCCUGUCCGUUGGAUGCAUCAUUUUCGUCCCGAUUGCCCUGCGGGUCGGAAGAAGACCCGUUUACAUCCUCACUGCGCUUGUCCUCCUUGCUGCUGCCAUCUGGCAGGCAAAAAUGCGUACGGUCGGCGAUAUGAUUGGAGCCAAUGCUGUCUCUGGGCUUGCUGGGGCCGUCAACGAGGCUGUAUUUCAGGUCACGGUCUCGGAUUUAUUUUUCGUCCACCAGCGCGGCACGAUGAACGGCAUCUAUCUCGUCACCGUCAUGGUCGGCAACUACCUCGGACCAGUGGCCGCAGGGUACGUCGCCGUGAACCAAAGCUGGCCAUGGGCGUUCUGGUACUGCGUCAUUUUUAUGGGCAUCGUUGUGGUCGCCAUGAUUUUCUUCCUGGAAGAGAGCAAAUACACCCCUCUGGUCAUGGAGGGCAGGGACGUGGUGGAUGUAACGUCACCAACCGUCCCGGAAGAAGAACUUACCAAAGUGAACAGCAUCAGCAAGGGAAGACUGGGGUCUGGAACUGGAUUUGUGUCCGAGGAGAAUAAUACGGCCAAAACCGCCAGCAACAAUACACCACAGCGCAAACGACUGGUCGAAAUCGACCGUUCCAUCCCCCUCAAGCCGUACAGGCAACGUCUGGCACUUUGGUCACUGGACAAACAAAGAACCACGGAGCGACGGAGUCUGUGGAUGCAUUUCUACCAACCGUUCCUGAUCCUGGCCACUUUCCCCGCGGUCAUGUUCACUGCGUUGCAAUAUGGUUUCUCUAUCGCCAUGUUGGCUAUCCUUGCAGUCACGCAGUCGAGCUUGUACGCCUUUCCACCGUAUAAUUUCACCCCUAUCGGUGUUGGAAAUAUGAACAUCCCGCCUUGUGUGGGUGCUUUGCUGGGCAGUCUCUUUGGAGGUCCGUUGAACGACUAUUUUAUUCUGCAGGUCGCGAAGAGAAGAGGUGGUAUUUAUGAGCCGGAAACUCGGCUUUGGCUGUUCAUCUUGCCUGCGCUUUGUAUGCCUGUUGGGCUGUUUAUGUAUGGGUUGACCAUUUCCAAGGGAAUGGCAUGGCAAAUCAACGCCGUGGGCGCCGGCUUCAUCGGCGCCGCGAUCGGCGGAUGUGGCGACAUUUCCCUCACGUAUUGUCAGGAUUGUUACCAAUAUAUCCUCGGCGAUGCUCUCACCUCGGUCGUCUUCGUACGCAACGUCAUCUCGACGGCACUAGUGUUCGCCAUCACGCCCUGGAUGAACAACAUGGGCGUGUAUAAUAUGUUUGUGUUGCUUGGAUGUUUGUCCGUCGCUGUGGCACUAACUUGUGUUCCUAUGAUUAUUUGGGGGAGGACGUGGCGGGUGAAAUUGGCCGGGCGGUAUGAGCAUUUUGCUUUGAAACAGUACUAG